AUGUACGAGCUUGAGCGGCGCGCCAUCUUCUCCAAGAAGUGGCUGCUCGUCACACACAAGCUCCGCUUCCCGGACACCGGCAGCUACGUCAAGAUCACAGAGACGGGAUACACAUUCUUCCUGGUGCGUGACCGUCAAGGGGCGAUCCGGGCCCAUCACAACAUCUGCAGGCAUCGUGCGUAUCCCAUCGUGGAGAAGGAGUCGGGCAAAGCGUCUAUUCUGGCCUGCAAAUAUCACGGCUGGUCGUAUGGAUUUGACGGACACCUGGCCAAGGCGCCGAAAUACCAGGAAGUCCCCGCCUUCAACAAGGAAGAGAAUGGGCUGUACCGCAUCCACGUGCACGUCGACGCGCUCGGCUUCGUGUACGUCAACUUGGACGCCGGCGAGACGCCCGCCGUGUCCUGGGAGCAAGACUUUGCCACUGUUGACGAGCAACCGCGGCUGCUCAAGUUCGACAUGACCAAGUACACAUAUGACCACAGCUGGGAGAUGACGGGCGACUACAACUGGAAAGUCCUGGCCGACAACUACAACGAGGCAAGCGUGUGCUACCACUGCCCUACUGGACACCCGGCAUUGCCGGCCGUGACAGACCUGUCCAAGUACUGGGUCGAGACGGCGGGCACGCACAUCCAGCACUACGCCGUCGACCGGGCCGACGCCGCGGCCAAGAGCCUAGGCAACGUCAGCACCUACUACUACCCGAAUGCCUCUUCCACAGUCACGGGCACAAAAAAAAGGCCGCAUUUCUUCUUCAUCCAGCGCUGCGUGCCCAUAUCCGCCACGCAGACGCACAUGGAGUACGAGGUCUACCGCAAUGCCGAGUCCUCGGCGGCCGCGUUUACUGAAAUCUCCGACUUUUUCAAGGACAUCAUGAGGGAGGACAAGGAGCUGUGCAACGGCGCGCAGAAAAACUUGAAUGCCGGUAUAUUUCUCAAUGGCGAGCUGCAUCCGCGCGCAGAAAAGGGGCCGCUGUUUUUCCAGAUGCUGACGAGAAAUCUCGUCAAUCGCCAUUAUGAGGAGGAACAGGCGGCGGGAGCGCAGAUCUGGCCUGCGGUGCCAAGACAUCGCGUUUCAGACAUGAUCCAGAACGACGUGGACUUGUGUGGGAAGCUCGAGUGCGCCGCCAACAGCCUUGGUAGCGGCGAGCUGGCAUGGUAA